CGCACGUCAAUUCUACUCAGUUAGAAAUUGUGACCCAAUCGUGAACCAGCAGAAAAUUAGGACAAAAAUUUCACAAAAAUGGAAUUUGGAGCUUUAACCGGUGAUGUUAUUGACACAUUCAAAAAGAAUUUCUACUCCCAAGAAAAAAAUAUUCUCGCUCAAAAUGUGUGCUCGAGAGUGGACCCUUUCGACGCUGCAAUAUCUAGAAAAGCCCUGGAAGAAACCCAACACGUUUUUAAUUACAAGAUUGAGGCCGAGGGCAAGCCGGUGACGAACCAGAAGAGCUCGGGCCGCUGCUGGCUGUUCGCGGCCCUCAACGUCAUCCGCCUGCCCUUCAUAAAGCAGUACCACCUCGAGGAUUUCGAGUUCUCUCAGGCCUAUCUAUUUUUUUGGGACAAAAUCGAACGGUGCAAUUUCUUCUUGAACAACAUCGUCGAGACGACUAGGAGGAACGAGCCGGUGGACGGACGGCUGGUGUCGUUCCUCUUACAGGAUCCGACGUGUGACGGUGGCCAGUGGGAUAUGCUAGUCAAUUUAAUCAACAAGUACGGUUUAAUGCCAAAGAAGAAUUUUCCCGAGUCGUUCAGUUGCGAGUCUAGUAAUAGGAUGAACCAAGCGCUUAAGAGUAAGUUGCGGGAGUACGCCAAGGCCAUCCGCGAGCUGGUGGUCAAGGGGGGCAGCGACGCCGACAUCCGUAGUCUGAUCCAGGAACAGAUGUCCAGCAUCUACCAGAUAGUCAGUAUAUGCCUGGGCGUACCCAACGACACCUUCACCUGGAGUUACUACGACAAGAGCAAGGCGUUCCAAAGCGUCGGCCCCAUCACCCCCAAGGAAUUCUACGAGAAGCACGUCAAGCCGUACUUCAACGUCGACGAUAAGGUGUGUCUGGUGACGGACCCGAGGCCCACCAACGAGUACGGCAAGGUGUACACGGUGGACUGCCUGGGCAACAUCGUGGGCGGCAGGAAGUGCAUCUACAACAACCAGCCCGUGGAGCUGCUUCUCGAGCUUACCGCCAAGAGCGUCAAGGAGGGCGAGGCGGUGUGGUUCGGCUGCGAGGUCAUGAAGCGCUUCGCCGGAAAACAGGGUAUUCAGGACUUGAAAAUUCACGAUUUCCAACUGCUUUUCGGCGUGGACAUCCAGACGACCCUAUCCAAAGCCGAUAGACUUCUUUACGGGGAAAGUGCAAUGUCGCACGCCAUGGUGUUCACGGCGAUAAACACAAACGAUGAGGACCAAGUAACGAAGCUGCGCGUAGAGAACUCCUGGGGCGAGGACCGCGGCGAGAAAGGCUACCUUGUGAUGACCACCGACUGGUUCAGAGAGUUCACGUUCGAGGUGGUGGUCGACAAGAAGUUCGUGCCGCAGGAGGUGCUCGACGUGUUCCAGCAGGAGCCCAUAGUCUUGCCCGCCUGGGACCCGAUGGGUACCCUGGCACGGUGCUAGUUUUAAGGGAGGCGUUCGGCCCCGCAGGUUGGCGCGGCCGACAGUUUUUAAACGUAUUUAACCACUUAGUCUUGGUUGCCGCUCAGUUACCAUUAUUUUUAUUAUAAAUGAUAGGUUUAAGUAUCAUUUGUAUAUAAAAAAAAAAACAACAAUCGUAAGACUGUACAGAAUACAACUCUUAUACAAUAUUUAUACAAAUGAGACGGGGCGACGUUUUAACCGCCGCUCCGCUGCUAAACGUUCCGUUUGGACGAGGAAUUGAAUAUAGCCGGCCGCAAAGCUUUCGUCGUGGACUCGUUGCUGAAAAUUUUAAUGUAAUCACGAGCGCUAAUUCAAAACUUGGUGAAAUUCGUAAUUUUAAUCAAACGCAUUUAACUGCUCUAAUGUUGUUUUUAAGUUAUUAUUAUUUUUGUAAUCGUGCUAUUUCAAUUUCAAAAUAUAUUGUUUUAUACAACA